AUGACAGCUCUGCGGAACCCGAAUGAAACAAGCAUUGCAUCGAGAAGGCGAGUGGAGAAAAUCAUCCACGACUUCUACUCUGAUCUCUUCGACAGCCAUGUCCACUUGCCUCCUCACCAUCUCAGGGAAGACGGACAUGUCAUUCCAGAGUUUCUUUCGUCCGAAGUACGAAAUGCUAUCAUGUGGGUCAGAAAUCGUACGGCACCCGGUCCCGACAGAAUAAGACCAGAACGCCUGAAGAAUCUUCCGCUAGUACUCAUCAACACCCUGGUGAUGCUCUUUACACGUUACCUAUCGGAAUGCAAGGUUCCUAAACAGUGGAAGAACAGCAUUACCGUGUUGUUGGAUAAAAAGAAAGACGCACAUGACAUCGGCAACUAUCGCCCAAUCUGCUUACUGUCCUUCAUCUACAAGCUCAUUACAAGAGUGAUCCUUAAUAGGAUUGAAAAAGUCUUGGAUGAAGGACAGCCAUGCGAGCAAGCAGGGUUUCGAAAAUGA